UUGUGAUGGAUCUGCCAUUAAUUUCUACCUUUUUCCCCCUUUUUUUGCCAACGUUAAGUGGCUAAAAGCCAAGCAUGGAAAUAACCAGCCUGCAAGAACUGGCACCUUGUCAAGAACAAAUCCGCCUACACAAAAACCACCAAGUCCUCCCAUGUCAGGCCGGGGAACUCUGGGACGAAAUACUCCUUACAAAACCCUGGAGCCAGUCAAACCGCCAACAGUCCCCAAUGAUUACAUGACCAGUCCUGCCAGACUGGGCAGUCAGCACAGCCCGGGAAGGACGGCUUCCUUGAACCAGAGACCAAGGACACACAGCGGUAGUAGUGGAGGAAGCGGCAGUCGAGAGAAUAGUGGAAGCAGCAGUAUUGGCAUUCCCAUUGCUGUGCCUACACCUUCACCGCCAACUAUUGGACCAGCACACAUUUCUGUUCCUCCUCCUCCUGGAGCCCCGCCAGCACCACCACUGCCACCACCUCUCCCGAUGGGCAGUCUGAUAGCUGCUCCGGGUUCAGCUCCUGGUUCCCAGUAUGGCACAAUGACCAGGCAAAUCUCGCGACACAACUCUACCACUUCUUCAGCAUCUUCUGGUGGAUACAGACGGAAUCCUUCUGUGACUGCCCCAUUUUCUGCUCAACCUCAUGUUAAUGGCGGGCCUCUUUAUUCUCAAAAUUCAAUUUCUAUUGCUCCACCCCCUCCCCCUAUGCCUCAGUUGACUCCACAGAUACCUCUCACAGGCUUCGUGGCCAGGGUGCAGGAAAACAUUGCUGAUAGCCCGACUCCACCCCCCCCGCCGCCUCCCGAUGAGAUGCCGAUGUUUGAUGACUCUCCUCCUCCUCCACCCCCACCCCCCGUGGAUUAUGAGGACGAGGAGGCUGCAGUUGUGCAGUACAGCGAUCCCUAUGCUGAUGGAGAUCCUGCUUGGGCACCUAAAAACUAUAUAGAGAAAGUGGUUGCUAUAUACGACUACACAAAGGACAAAGACGACGAGCUGUCCUUUAUGGAGGGUGCAAUCAUCUACGUGAUAAAGAAGAACGACGACGGCUGGUAUGAAGGAGUUUGCAAUCGAGUAACUGGCUUGUUUCCUGGGAAUUACGUUGAAUCAAUCAUGCACUAUGCCGACUAAAACCCUUUGCUUUUCAAAGUCGGGUCUUGUAUUCAGUCGUACCGUGAUUAUUUCCGAGGGGUAACUAAAAGCUAACAGAAUUGUCUUACUGCGCUUUCGAACGAACGCGCCCGUUCCUUCAGGCCGCACCGUUUGACUGGUGUGAUUGCACGUCCGUCUCUGGAGACAGGUCAUCCUGCCCCACGGCAGGCUGUACAAGCAGCGACCGUCUGUACCUGGUUAUGCUGAUUUACUUACGCGUUGUUAAGUUCACGACCGGCUGAAAUAUUUCUGGGGAAGUAGGGUGUAAUAUUUAAUGAACCGUGAUCAGAUCGUGCCAUUCCAUUUUCCAGUACAGCAUGGUAACUAACACUACGUUAGACUAACGCAUUAAAAUCUGGAUGAGGAGUUUAAUGUUAGUGCUGGUCAUCCUACUUUUCGUUUAGACUCUUUGCUCACUCUUGAACUCUGUUUGUUUAAAGCAUGCAUACGAACUUAUGUAUUGAAAUAUACUUUUUUAAAAAUCCAAGAUGCUUCCAAUCGUUGUAAUCUUUACCUGGAGUGCUCUCACUGACGUCUACUACAAUGAGUUGUUUGGGUCUAAGGUGUCCGUGUGCAUCAACAACAAUGGGUGGUCUUAUGUAUGUGUAAUUUGUACCCGAGUUUUUUUAAUGAGUAAAUUUACAUUAUGACUUUUUCCAUUCAUAAAUAUAUAAGUGAACCAAA